GGCCGGGCGCAUCGGAGAAGGGGGCUGGGUGAUAGUUGUGAUAAUGAUGGACGGGGAGCUUUUGCCAAUGAGCGCAGGUGUUUAGCUGGUAGGCGGGCUUUUCUGAAUCUUGCAAAGAGUAGGGAGGGAAGACAGGAGGUGAGGCUUUAAUGAGCCUCUAUUGGGCCAUCAUCUAGUGUCAUGGAUGCGCGCUGACUGCGAGAGGGCGAAACAAAAUGGCGGCGACUUAAAAGGCGAGAGCGGCGGUAGAAGAAGAGGCGCUGUCUAGACGGAGGCACCAGCAGGGGGAGCAGUAGGGGCAGUGCCUGGCCGUGGCCCCGCCCCCUCUCUCCGCCUCUCUCCUCCUUCCCCCACCCCCCCGGUGGCGGGGGCGGGCCGUGAGUGCCGCUCGCUGGUGAGAUUUCUGUGAAGAUCUGGAGCUGCUUGCCAUACCCAGGAAGAAGAAGAAUCUGUUAACUAGAGAUUUCUUCUGCUUGGUAUAAUGGAAUGAUUCCAGCUUUCCAUUUUGAUUAAAUAGGGAUUAAACAAACAAACAAACCUUUGAAUUGUUCCUGUUCUUUUUGAUAUCCUAAGGAUGGAUUGUUGAGUUGUUGCUGUGUAGUACAAAGAGCAGUCUGUUUUUCUGGUAGUGAAUACAUCUUGGAAGGCUCUUUAAAAGAAUUAAGAAGGAACCCUAUGGGUAACCCUUAUCUUCAAGAAAUUACUGGUCAACCAUGGUAAAACUUGCCAACCCACUUUAUACGGAGUGGAUUCUUGAAGCUAUACAAAAAGUUAAAAGGCAAAAGCAGAGGCCAUCUGAAGAAAGAAUUUGUCAUGCUGUGUGUGCAUCCCAUGGAUUAGAUAAGAAGACAGUUUCGGAACAGCUGGAGCUAAGUGUCCAAGAUGGAUCUAUUCUCAAAGUUACCAACAAAGGCCUUGCUUCCUACAAGGAUCCAGAUAAUCCUGGGCGUUUUUCAUCUGUUAAAUCUGGUGAGCUUCCUAAACCCACUAAAGGAUCACGAGGAACUUGUAACGAGCUUCGGAAUGUGGACUGGAAUAAACUUUUGCGCAGAGGAAUUGAAGGGCUUCAGGAACCAAAUGGUUCUUCCCUCAGAAACAUAGAAAAAUUCCUGAGAAGCCAACAUGACCUUGCAAGUAUUUUCAACAAUCCUGUAUUUCAGCGGAGGUUACGAUUGGGGGCCAAACGUGCUGUAAAUAAUGGGAGAUUAUUAAAAGAAGGACCUCAAUAUAAAGUGAACUACGGUAGCCUGGAAGGCAAAGGAACAUCUAAAUACAGUUCUCUACCAUUGUCUCUCCCACCUGUUAGUCUUUUGCCUCACGAAAAAGACCAGCCACGAGCUGAUCCCAUUCCAAUAUGUAGCUUCUGUCUGGGGACAAAAGAAUCAAACCGAGAGAAAAAGCCAGAAGAACUCCUUUCCUGUGCUGACUGUGGCAGCAGUGGACAUCCAUCAUGUUUGAAAUUUUGUCUUGAGUUGACAACAAAUGUGAAGGCCUUAAGAUGGCAGUGUAUUGAAUGCAAAACAUGCAGUGCCUGUAGAAUCCAAGGCAAAAAUGCAGAUAAUAUGCUUUUCUGUGAUUCUUGUGAUAGAGGAUUCCACAUGGAGUGCUGUGACCCACCGCUUUCCCGAAUGCCAAAAGGGAUGUGGAUUUGCCAGGUCUGCAGACCAAAGAAAAAAGGAAGAAAGUUACUUCAUGAGAAAGCAUCACAGAUAAGGAGACGAUACACAAAACCUAUUGGACGACCAAAAAAUAAACUAAAGCAACGAAUGUUGUCUGUAACCAGUGAUGAAGGAUCCAUGAAUGCAUUCACAGGAAGGGGGUCACCUGGUAGGGGUCAAAAGACUAAAGUCUGUACCACACCUUCAUCUGGUCAUGCUGCAUCUGUGAAGGAUUCAAGCAGCAGAUUGGCUGUUACAGACCCCACCCGGCCUGGUGCCACCGCCACCAAAAUCACCACCACCACCACCACCACCUCCACCUACAUAUCUGCCUCUACACUUAAAGUUAACAAGAAAACCAAAGGGCUUAUUGAUGGCCUUACUAAGUUUUUUACACCGUCACCCGAUGGUCGCAGAUCACGAGGUGAAAUAAUAGACUUUUCAAAGCAUUAUCGUCCAAGGAAAAUGACCUCUCAGAAACAAUCAUGUACUUCUCAUGUGUUGGCUACAGGUACCACACAAAAGCUAAAACCUUCUUCACUUCCACCCCCAAACCCCAUCUCUGGUCAGAGCCCCAGUUCACAAAAAUCCAGCACUUCCAUCUCUUCUAACUCUCCCCAAAGCUCCUCCAGUCAGUCAAGCGCACCCUCCUUUAGCAGCCUUCCCAAUAACAGUCAGCUAAAGGGACUCUUUGAUGGACUUUCUCAUAUUUAUACCACUCAGGGACAGUCUCGAAAAAAGGGGCACCCAAGUUAUGCACCACCCAAGCGUUUGCAUCGUAAAGCAGCAUUCUCUUCCACAUCCAAGUCUAAUACAGCUUUCUAUGGAAAGAAAGAGAUUAGAAGUAGGUUUAUUUCUCAUUCCUCCACCUCUGGAUGGGGUAUGUCUAGAGGACGUGCUUUUAAAGCAAUUGCUCACUUCAAGCAAACAACUUUCCUUAAAAAGCGCAGGAUUCUAGGCAGAUUAAAGUAUAAAGUGACCCCUCAGAUGGGGACCCCCUCACCAGGGAAGGGGAGCUUGGCAGACGGAAGGAUUAAACCUGAUCAGGAUGAUGGAACAGAAAUCAAAAUAAGCAUCAAACAAGAACACACAGAUCUGUUUCUGGUGGGAAGCAAGGACAUUGUAACAGAAGAAGAUCUGGAAAUGUUUAAGCAGGCCCAGGAACUUGCAAUGGAGAAAAUCGGAUGUAAAAAUGGUGGAGAAACAAAUGGACGGUACCCUUCUGUGAUAGAAUUUGGGAAAUAUGAGAUCCAGACCUGGUACUCUUCGCCUUACCCACAGGAGUAUGCAAGACUGUCAAAGCUUUUCCUGUGUGAAUUCUGUCUUAAAUAUAUGAAAAGUAAAAAUAUUUUGCUAAGACACGCAAAGAAGUGUGGCUGGUUUCAUCCUCCAGCCAAUGAAAUCUACAGAAGGAAGGAUCUUUCAGUGUUUGAGGUUGAUGGGAAUGUGAGCAAAAUUUAUUGCCAAAAUCUUUGCUUGUUAGCAAAGCUCUUUCUGGACCACAAAACCUUAUAUUAUGAUGUUGAGCCAUUCCUUUUCUAUGUUCUCACAAAGAAUGAUGAGAAAGGGUGCCACUUAGUUGGAUACUUCUCUAAGGAAAAGCUCUGCCAGCAAAAGUACAAUGUCUCCUGCAUAAUGAUCAUGCCCCAGUACCAAAGGCAAGGAUUUGGAAGGUUUCUCAUUGAUUUCAGUUACUUACUUUCUAGAAGAGAGGGACAAGCAGGAUCGCCUGAAAAGCCACUCUCUGAUCUGGGUCGUGUCUCCUACUUGGCCUAUUGGAAAAGUGUCGUAUUGGAAUAUCUUUAUUGUCAUCACGAGAAACAGAUCAGCAUCAAGGGAAUGAGCCGAGCGACUGGAAUGUGUCCCCAUGACAUUGCCACCACUCUACAGCAGCACAGCAUGAUAGACAGGAGAGAGGAAAAGUUUGUAGUGAUUAGAAGAGAGAAACUGAUUUCAAGCCAUAUGGAGAAACUGAAAACUAAUCCACGCAUCAAUGAGGUAGAUCCAGAGAGCUUGAGAUGGACUCCCCUCUUAGUUCCUAAUGCAGCAGUUUCUGAGGAAGAGAGAGAAGCUGAAAAAGAGGCUGAGCGACUGAUGGAACAAGCAAGCUGCUGGGAAAAAGAAGAGCAAGAGCUGUUCCCCACAAGAGCUAGUAGGCAAUUGCCUGCAAAAGUGCAAUCUAAGAAGUAUUUGCGACCUCCGGAGAAUGUGACUGUUGUAGCAGAGCGAGAACAGUCAACAGAUCCACCAAAAGAAAGCAAUGGAGGGGAGGAGGAAGAAGAGGAGGAGGAGGAGGAGGAGGAGGAAGAGGAAGAGGAGGAGGAGGAGGAGGAGGUGGAGGAGGAGGAUGUCGAUGGCCGUAAUCAAAGUUCUCCUCCCAGACUGGUAAAACCCCAGUUGCUUGCUGUAAAGAGAAAGAGACCUUUCAUAUUGAAAAAGAAAAGGGGUCGUAAACGCAGAAGGAUUAAUAGCAGUGUUACAACGGAGACCAUUUCUGAAACCACAGAAGUGCUGAACGAGCCAUUUGAUAACUUGGAGGAAGAGCGGCCCAUACCACAGCUGGAGUCCAGUCAUGAGCUAGAUGGGGAAGAUGAUGACUUAAAGCCUGGUAUUCAAAAAGUGUUCCAGUGUCAAUCUGAGGAGAAGGAAGAAAAUGAGCAAGAAGAAGAGGAGCAGGAGAAAGACAAUCACUGUUAUCAAAGUGACACUCCAUGCCGAGUUAGUGCAGAAGAGGAUGUAGCCAUCCUGGAAGAUGAAAGUAAAGACAAUCCUGAAUCUGUAAUGUGUAAACAAGGAUGGCCUAAAGGAGUGAAACGAUGUUCAUCCAAAUGGAGGCAAAACAAAGAGAGAAAACCAGGCUUUAAACUGAAUUUGUACACUCCACCUGAAACUCCCAUGGAGCCUGACUAUCAGGCGAUGGGAGAGGAAUCAAAAGAGAUGGCUGAAAACAACCCAUGCCAGAUUUCUGUGGUAACAGAGGAGAUUAAAAACACAGAAACUAUUCUGCCACAUGAGGAUGAGGUCAGAGAGUCAGUAUCUAAAUAUCUGGAGCUCCCCAAAGCAGAACAAACGGAAAAAGAUGUAACAGAAGUAUAUGAGAGCAACACAGUAGAAGAGAUGGAAAGUGCAAAUAGUCAAGAUAAAGAUCAGCAAGAGGAACCAGAAAUGGAAAAAGAGGAGCCUGAGCAUCUAGAAGAACACGAGGAGGAGCAGCAAUUUCACAAUGAAGAUCAUGAUGCAGAUGAUGAGGAUGAAAGCCACAUGGGUUCAACUGAAGUAGAGAAAGAGGUGGUGCCAGGAGAAGCUCUCAAAGAAGUACUCGAGAAUCAGGAGUCUUUUUUAGGUGCAAAUGAACAGAAUGACAGUUCAGGUCAGGAGGACUUAAUGGACUGUGGGGUUGACCUUGCAGCUGCAUGCAACAGCGACCCUAAAGAGCUUCCUGCUAUUCCAGAGCCUGUGUCUGAGUCAGGUCACGAAAAUACCGAAAACCAAAGUGAUGAACUAAAUUCUUCAUUCAAGGACACCAAUGCAGAAGCCAUGGAGAUAGACUCUGAGACAGUACAGGCAGUAAAGGCCUUAACAGAGGAAACGACAGAACAGGAAGAUACGUUCCAGGAUUGCACAGAGACUCAAGAGGCAUGUCGAAGCCUGCAGACUUAUACCAAUAGUGACCAAAGCCCACAGAUGACCACAUUGGAUGACUGUCAACAGUCUGAUCACAAUAGCCCUGUCUCAUCUGUCCAGUCCCAUCCCAGCCAGUCAGUUCGUUCUGUUAAUAGUCCAAAUGUGCCUCCGCUGGAAAACAGUUAUGCUCAAAUCAGUCCUGAUCAAAGUGCCAUCUCUGUGCCAUCUUUACAAAACAUGGAAACCAGUCCCAUAAUGGAUGUUCCUUCAGUUUCUGACCAUUCACAGCAAGUUGUGGAUAGUGGCUUUAGUGACCUGGGUAGCAUUGAGAGCACAACAGAGAACUAUGAGAACCCAAGCAGCUAUGACUCCACUCUGGGCAAUGGUAUCUGUGGAAACAACUCCUCACAAAACAGCUGUUCAUAUAGCAAUUUAACAUCCAGUAACAUGACGCAGAGUAGCUGUGCAGUGACCCAGCAGAUGUCCACCAUGAAUGGAAGCUGCAGUAUGAUGCAAACCACCAGCAUCAACUCCCCCCCACCUUGCAAUGUGAAAUCUCCUCAAGGCUGUGUCGUUGAGAGGCCCCCUAGCAGCAACCAGCAGCUCCCUCAGUGCAGCAUGGCUGCGAACUUCACCCCACCUAUGCAGUUAAGUGAAAUUCCCGAGACUGGCAAUGCCAACCUUGGCUUGUAUGAAAGAAUGGGCCAAAGUGAGUUUGCAGCGGGGCACUAUCCACAACCAUCAGCCACCUUCAGCCUUGCCAAACUGCAGCAGCUAACCAAUACGCUUAUGGACCAUUCAUUGCCUUACAGCCACUCAGCUGCUGUCACUUCCUAUGCAAAUAGUGCCUCUCUGUCUACUCUCAGUAGUACAGGACUUGUUCAGCUUUCUCAGUCUCAUCCAGUUCCAGGGGGGCCCCAAGUCCAGGCAACAAUGACUCCGCCCCCUAACCUCACGCCUCCUCCCAUGAAUUUGCCACCUCCCCUUUUGCAGCGUAACAUGGCCACUUCCAAUAUUGGCCUCUCCCAUGCCCAAAGACUGCAAACCCAGAUGCCUGGCAAAGGCCAUGUUUCGGUUAGGACUAAGUCGGCACCUCUGCCACCAGCUGCAGCAGCCCACCAGCCGCAGAUUUAUGGGCGUGGCUCACAGACUGUGGCCAUGCAAGGGCCAGCACGCACCUUAACCAUGCAGCGUGGCAUGAACAUGAGCGUGAACUUAAUGCCAGCUCCAGCUUACAAUGUCAAUUCUGUGAACAUGAAUAUGAAUACUCUUAAUGCUAUGAAUGGGUAUAGUAUGUCCCAGCCCAUGAUGAAUGGUGGUUAUCAUGCAAAUCAUGGAUACAUGAAUCAGACAGCCCAGUACCCUAUGCAGAUGCAAAUGGGAAUGAUGGGAAGCCAGCCAUAUGCGCAACAGUCAAUGCAGACUGCCCCCCACAGCAACAUGAUGUAUACUCCACCAGCGCAUCAUGGCUAUAUGAAUACUGGCAUGUCUAAACAGUCUCUGAAUGGUUCUUACAUGCGUAGGUAGGACCUUGCAUGGGGAGAGGGUGGGGGACAGUCGACCUACCCCACUGGAAUGCUAGGAUUCGACCUGCACAAAAAGAUGUUCCUUUGGAGAGUAUGAUUUCAAAACCAGCAAUUGGUGUGAAUGCAAAAACAUUUGUUGGCACCAUUUAAAAAAAAAAACCCUGUAUGCAGCAGAAAGCCUUAUAUAAAUGUGUUCUCAUUUAAUUUUUUUGUAAUUUUGUUUUAUUUGCCAUUUUUUGUAUAACUGAAGUUCUGUGGCAAGGAGGAACUUCUUCCAUUGUACUUCAAAUACACAAAACAGCUGAUGGUUCACAGCCAUUUUUUAUGUGCCUGCUCCCAUUCGAAAUGUGGACCAUAGUUUUGGAGAAUACCUGAUGUUGUGCUGGACUGUGAGCUUCCCUCCUGUUCUCUUCCUCCCCCCUCCCUUCCUCCGCCAUGUAAAUGCCUUUUUGCAUUGCAUUCAUGGUCUGUUUUGUUCCUCAAAGUGACACUUUCGCAUGCCGCUAAUGUCUUUGUUAGUGACAGUGCAUUUCGUAGUACUGUACAAGUGUUGUGCUUAACAGUAAGCCAUUUCUUAAUUUGUGUUUUUUGCCUUGAUUAGGUUACCCCAGUUUAAGGGGGUUAAAUAUAUAUAUAUAUAUAUAUUUUUGUUAAUUAUAUUUAAAAAAAAAUCUUGUUUAAAAAAGGCUGUUAAAGCUAUUCUGAUUUUGGUUGUUUCGAACAUUGUAAUCCAUAGGAAUAUUCUCCUGUGUGACUACUAUGCUCUUGUCACAGUCUGAUUGAGUUUCAUAGGGCUGGCACUAGGAGAAUAUUCUGGUGGAUUGCACCCCUCUAUUGAUCAAUGUUUGGUGUAAAGGUGAAUCCUCUUUCUAUUCUGGUGUCAGAUUUUUUUUUCCCCCAAAGGAGGAAAAAAGGCAGCUUUCUGUUCUCUUUUUUAAGAAAUGCAAACCUUUAUUGAUUGAAUGAAGCAUAUCAGUGUUUAUCAAGUUUUUGAAACAUUUUCAUAUGUCCAGAUACUUGGCAGGAUUAAAAAAAAAUUAGUGAAUUUGGUGUAAAGUUGCUAUUUUAUGGAAAUGCCUCUAACUUUACAUUUUCAUUCCAUCUGUAGAUUUUUCUAUCUUUAUAAAAUAUUGGAGUUAUUUUUAAAAAAAAGUAAAUAGAGCAGUAGCGUGUGAAUAGCUCAAACAAAGCUUACCCAGCGCAUGUAAAAAAGCAGAAGGUAUUUGUGUCUGUUUAUAUGGCUUCCUUUUUUGUAGCCUUUGUACCUGUACAGAGUGACUGUAAGGGCCAAGAAGUGGCUUGAUUCAUGUAUAAAGACCCAGUGACACUCUUGUAUUUAUCUGUUUACCUUUUUAGUCAGUCACUUAAAUAAAGCAAAGAUGAGCUGUACAUUUUAACAUGAAAAUAAAUUAUGAUGAGCCAUU